AGAACGCCAAAACGCUCUGUUUACCUCGGUAGAGAGAAAAAAAAACCCAGCUAACAGCGUCGUGUCGGUGCGGUCUCUCUUUUGAUUUAAUUCAUAUUAUACUUCAUUAAACCGGUGGAGAUAAUGACGAUAAUACCUCUCAAUGUGAAGAUAAAAAGGUAAUUCAAGUAAUAAUUUGAAAGCUCACUCUUAACGGGGGUUAUUCCUACAGUCACGCUAUUAGCAUUAAGCUAGCUCUUGUUUUUGCUGGACACUAUCCAUCCCAUUUUCUACCGCUUGUCCCGUCCGGGGUCGCGGGGGUUGUGGACGACACUAUUUUGUUACUUUUAAUUCGAAAAUAGUCAUUAUUUUGUCUCGUCAAACCCAUUGACGUUAGCUCGUUGCCACUCGUAAAUCCUGUUUUUGCUGGACACUAUCCAUCAAUUUCCUACCGCUUGUCCCGUUCGGGGUCGCGGGGGUUGUGGACGACACUAUUUUGUUACAUUUAAAUCGAAAAUAGUCAUUAUUUGUGUCGUCAAACCCAUUGACGUUAGCUCGUUGCCACUCGUAAAAUGAAAACUAAUAGGGCUACGUAGCUGAACGAGCAAUAAUUGACCAUGUCUGGCUCAAGCUUCACACCUGCGAGAAAGCAGGAUGUUUUCUGUAUUGAGACGUUUCAGCCGUCACGUGGUCCAUCGAUUGCCACUUGCAGCGGAAACGAAGCAAGGCAGUUCUACGAACACGUGAUCAGAGAUGUCAAAGUAGAAGAAGGGACGUUCAGAACACAAUGUGGACGACGGCACCACAGAAGACACACGAGUUCCAGCAGGAGGAGCAGGGCUGCAGACACAAGAGUUCAAACCGAAAGAAGAGCGGCUGGAAGCACCCCAAGAAGAGAGGUUGCUCAAGGGCACGUCAUCAGCAACACAGCCCGGUCCUCGGAGCUUCAGGGUCUCAAGCUGCUGCGUUGUGCCCAAGAAGGCGACCUUUCUGCGGUCAGAGACCUGCUGUCCAAAGGGGUGGACAUCAACUUCCAGGAUACUUUUUUCUGGACAGGCUUGAUGUGUGCAAGCUGGUCAGGACAAAGAGCUGUGGUGAGGCUGCUGCUGGAGCAAGGAGCUGCUUGGGUGGGCGUAGUCGACACUCGGGGUCGGGAUGCCCGAGAUCUGGCCUUGGAAGCGGGUCACAGAGGCGUGUUGGAAGAGCUGGACAACUACGGGAGAAGUCCUUUUCCACCCAGACAAACUCAUGACAGUGCUCUGCAGCCUCACUGGUGCAAUGAAUGUCACUCCAGUUACACAGGCAGCCCGUCCUCACAUUUCUCCUCCACGCUGCAUCAAUUCAGUCAGCAGCGGCCCCCGCCCGCACCCUAUUUCUGCCUCCCCCCCUCCUCCAACAGCUACAAGAUGAUGCUCAGAAGCGGCUGGCAGCCCGGCAGGGGGCUCGGACCAGAAGGCGAGGGGCCCAAACUGCCAGUGGCGACCGUCCUGAAGAGAGACCACAAAGGCCUCGGUUACGGGAAGACGAAAAGACCCCGAGUUACUCACUUCAAAGCCGGGGACCGGGACGCGGUGAAAGGACGCCGUGCAGAGAAAGAGGAGAAAGGAAGGAAAGGGAAGACGAAAGAGGAAAAUCGAAUAAAUGAACUAAAGGACAAGAACUGGGAAAGAGAUUUCCGUGCUUCUUUUUAUCUCUGAUGUUUGUAGUUUUCCUGCACUGCAAAAACUGAAAUCUAAGUAAGAUUAAAUAUCUCAAAUAAGGGUGAUAUUUGCUUAUUUUCUGUCUGAUAAGAUAAUUCUUCUCACUAAGCCGAUUUUAUGUUAGUGUUUUACUUGUUUUAAGGGUUUUGCUCCUAAAUGAUCUCAGUAAGAUAUUACAGCUCGUUGCUGAGAUUUUAUGACCUAUAUUGAGUAAAACAUGCUUGAAACUAGGAUAUCAAGUGUUGCAAAGCUGUGUCAUCAACACUCACAAGUAUAAAACUACUUUUUUAAAGUAAUAAUUUCUUAUUUCAAGCAUGAAAAAAAAAAUCAAUCAUGACUUUGACACAAUUGUGUCUCAUAAUUAAAACAGAUGACAGCCAAAUGGACUUUGCUGUUUUAUUUUCAAUGAAACAAUAGAAAAUACGUACUCAUAUAGUAGUACACUUGUUAUUAGUGAGAAUAUACUUAUUUUAAGGUAUUUUUGGGAUCAUUGAGGUUAGCUAAUUUUACUUGUUUUGGAAAGUCUUGACAAGCCAAAUUUUCUUGUUCUAUUGGCAGAUAAUUUUGCUUAGUUCAAAUAAAAUACCCCUCAUUUUUGUAUUUUUUUUUCCUUGUUCUUGAACACUGACUUUUUGCAGUGUGGAAACUGCUAUUAUUUCAGAUUGUAUUACAAUUUCAAAAAACCUAUGACAGCAUACAAAAUGACUCACUGACAUGAUUCAUUUUGUGUAGGGAUGUCAGAUAAUGGCUUUUUGCCGAUACCCGAUAUUCCGAUAUUGUCCAACUAUUUAAUUACCGAUACCGAUAUCAACUGAUAUAUACAGUCGUGGAUUUAACACAUUAUGCCUAAUUUGGACAACCAGGUAUGGUGAAGAUAAGGUACUUUUUUUUUUUUAAAUUAAUAAAAUAAAAUAAGAUAAAUAAAUUAAAAACAUUUUCUUGAAUAAAUAAAGUAAAACAAUAUAAAAACAGUUACAUAGAAACUAGUAAUUAAUGAAAAUAAGUAAAAUUAACUGUUAAAGGUUAGUACUAUUAGUGGACCAGCAGCACGCACUAUUAUGUGUGCUUACGGACUGUAUCCCUUGCAGACUGUAUUGUUAUAUAAUGUAGGAACCAGAAUAUUAAUAACA